AAAGCGGAAAGUAUCAGUUUGGCGUUACACCAGAUGGCCAAGAGGCGAGCGGAUAUAGAGUUGAACCAAGAUAACUGGGAUGACGAUUUGAAGCCAAUAAGUGAAGGAACAUUCGAAAAAGCAAAUAAAGAGCUUCUUUCGCAGAGAAAAAUUAUAACACCUCGUGCAAAUCGGCCAUCUAACACGGGGACUGCUGGACUUUUCAAAUCAUUUACAGCUUUUUCUAAUUGUUCAAAUACAAAAGCACCGUCAUUUAACUUUGGCCCGACUCCUAUAGGUGUUAUGCAAAAUGGGCAUAAGAAUGAAGAAGCUGAGUAUCUUGGGCAUUUGCAAGCUCUCAACCAAAAUUUGCUUGAUUGGAUUUCAAAGCAUAUAAAAGAAGAUCCAUUCUGUAUUCUUAGUCCAAUAUUCUCCGACUAUGACAAACACCUGUCUGAAAUAAGCUCUAAGUUUCCUAAACAGUCAUCAGGUGAUAUCUCAGUAGAUGAAAAAAAGGAUUCGAGUUGCUUUCCUGUUAUCAACACAACAGAAGUUAGUAAACCUCUAGCUAGCAGCACUACAAGCUCAGUCUUUACCUUCGGCAAUGCUGUAUCAAAAUCUUCAGCGACGUCUGGCACUGCGACUGAUUCUGCGGCUAGCAAGUCUUUAUUCUCGUUUGGUUUGCCACCCAUUACGACUGCUAAUAUGCAGUUUCCACAAUCACUCUUCCAGUUCUCAAACAUUCCUAAUUUUAUGCGAAAUCCUGUAGAAGGUGAUUGUAAGUUGAAUACUUCUACGACAACCAUCCAACAGACUGAUGAAGAUGAUAAUGAAGAGUAUAUUCCUCCAAAACCAGAAGUCAAAGAAAUAAAAGAAGAUGGUGCAGUAUUUUCAACAAGGUGUAAAUUAUUCUACAAGGUGGAUACUGAAUGGCGAGAACGUGGUCUUGGAAAUCUAUUCAUCAAACCAACAGCUAAUGAUAAAUUCCAACUGUUAAUUCGAGCAGAUACUAAUCUUGGUAAGAUUUUUGUCGAGUUUAUAUGGUGCAGAGUUUCAGUUUCUACACUAUUGCACUACAGUAUUCAUGUUAUAUCAUCUUAA